AGACUAAAUGUAUAUAAGGAAACAACAUUAACCAGUAGACAGAAAUUCAGAGGUGAUGAUGCUAGUGUUUUUUGUUUUAUUCGCCUUUGUGGCGGAGGGCUUAUGUCAAGAAGAAAUAAUUGAGAGGCCAACUAGACCAAUUAUUAUUUGCCGCGAAAAUGAAGUAUAUAUGAGAUGCCGAACAAUUUGUCAGCCGCAAUUCUGCAACAUAUCCUUCACAACCAUUACGUGUCCCACGGUCCAAAAAUGCGAACCAGGAUGUGAUUGUAUCGAGAACUACCUCCGGGAUGAUUAUGGAAUCUGUAUCCCGGUAGAAAAAUGUUCUCCUAAAAUUCAAUGUGGAGAAAACCAAAUGCCAUCGGACUGUGCCGACAAUUAUUCUGACGUUCCAACAAUCCAAGUAUGCCAGCCAGGAUGCCGGUGUAACGAGGGAUAUUCGAGAAACUCUUACGAUCAGUGUGUUCCAACUCCGCCGUAUCUUGAGUGUGGUGAAAACGAGGAACCCUCCACUUGCAGGCAAACCUGUCCUCCACAAACUUGCUCUUAUGACCCCAAUAUAUACGCUUGUAAACCUGGUCCAUGUCAACUUGGGUGCAAUUGUAAGAAGGGUUACUUGAGAGACGAAAAAGGAAACUGUAUACCCCAGGAAAAGUGCCCAUCAAAUCUCCCUAAUUGCCCAGAAAAUGAAGAACCAACGGAUUGCGUUAAAAACAUUCGCCCGAAUGUCAGGUGCAUCCCAUGUCAAUGUAUCAAGAACUUUGUGAGAGACCGUAACGGCCUAUGUGUUUCAAAUCUCCCUAAAUGCCCAAAAAAUGAAGAACCAACGGAUUGCGCUAAAAACAUUCGCCCAUAUAUCAAGUGCCGCCCAUGUCAAUGUAUCAAGAACUUAGUGAGAGACAGAAACGGCCUAUGUGUUCCAAUACAAUGCACCGGGAAAUAUGAAGCUGUGAAUCCAUGCCCCUCAGCGUGCUUUGGUGACGCCUGCGGUGAAUUAGACGAGGAAACAACCCCGUGCAAUACACUUCUCCCAGUUGAAUGCCGUCCGCGCUGUAUGUGCCUAAGAGGCUACCAAAGAGAUGCAUUUGGCAACUGCAUACCUAAAGCAGAAUGCCGUAAGUUCGAUUGCAUUUUUUACCCGACUACGGGAAAGUAUAAUGCAGCACUUGUGAAAAAAUACUUACCAUUCAACAGAGGUGCAGAGGUGACGAUGCUAGUGUUUUUUGUUUUAUUAGCCUUUGUGGCGGAUGGCUUAUGUCAAGAUGCGUUAACCAUUGCGCAGCCAGCCAGACCUUGUCCCUGCCCUGAAAAUGAAGAAUAUGUGAAAUGCCGAACAUGCCCACCGCUAUUCUGCAACAUAUCCAGUGUUGACUACAAGUGUACCGAGGUCCAAAGCUGCGAGUCCGGAUGUGACUGUAUCAAGGAUUACCUCCGGGAUUAUAAUGGAGUCUGUGUCCUGAAUGAUAAAUGCCCAUCUCCUCCGCCGCUUCUUGAGUGUGGUGAUAACGAGGCACCCUCCACUUGCAGGCAAACCUGUCCUCCACAAACUUGCGAUUAUGACCCCAAUAUAUACGCUCAUUGUGAACCUGGUCCAUGUCAACCUGGCUGCAACUGUAAGAAGGGCUACUUGAGAGACAGAGAAGGAAACUGUAUACCCCAGGAAAAGUGUCCAAGAAGUCUCCCUCAGUGCGGACAAAAUGAAGAACCAACGGAUUGCGUUAAAAACAUUCGCCCGAAUGUCAGGUGCAUACCAUGUCAAUGUAUCAAGAACUUUGUGAGAGACAGUAACGGCCUAUGUGUUUCAACUCUCCCUCAAUGCGGACAAAAUGAAGAACCAACGGAUUGCGCUAAAAACAUUCGCCCGGGUGACUCUACUCUGACGAUCAAGUGCCGCCCAUGUCAAUGUAUCGAGAACUUUGUGAGGGAUAGUAACGGCCUAUGUGUUUCAAAGGAAGAUCUUUGCAAAAAUGAGCAAAACACAACUUAUACACUAUGCCCAUAUCAGUGUACCUCGACCUGCAAGAACCCGAACGGUAUAUGCAGUCAAGAAUGCCGAGUAAGUUACGGUUGUGCAUGCAGACCUGGUUACCUUCUGUCUGAAGAGGGAAAAUGUAUUUUGCCUGAGGACUGUCCAGGUGGCAAUCCCUGCAAGGAAAAUCAAACAUUUGUCUAUUGCAAUGCCGGUUGUCCUUCUGCUAACUGUCCCGAAACUGAUAGCAAAGCCUUGUUCGCAUGUGAUCAACCGAAUCCAUGCCCUUCUGGAUGCGCAUGCAAGAGGAAUUACAGACGGCGUAGCGAGCAAGAUGAUACGUGCAUCCUUGCUUCGGAAUGUCCUCCUGUAAACUGCACAAGACCAAACGAAAUCUGGAACCCAUGUCCCCAGCCAUGCUUUUCGGAAGGUUGCGGUGAUAAGCAGUCUACGAUAUGCUGGACGUUGAUUGCUCCUGAAUGUCAGCCCCAAUGUGUUUGUGCAAAAGACCAUCGCCGCAAUGCCGCCGGCAUCUGUAUACCUAUUUCUCAGUGCCCACCUCAAUGUGGCAUAAACGAAGAACCGAUAAAUUGUGGUGACACAUUAUAUCCCCAACCCCUUGCCACGGACGUCGUCAGUGCUAAUAGAAUCAGAUGCCUGCCGGGAUGCAAAUGUAUCGCCGGAUACGUGAGAAAUAGAAGCGGUGUUUGUGUUAAAAGUCCUAUAUCACCAGUAUGUGGAAAAUUCGAAGAGCCAAACAUUUGCAUUGCUAUAUUUCCAAGCACUUGUCCGCGGUGUCGAUGUAUCAAGAACUAUGUGAGAAACAGCAAAGGCGAAUGUGUCCCAAAUACUACAUUACCUCAGUGUGGAAAAAACGAAGUACCAAAUGAUUGCAGUAUAGUCUAUGCAAGUUCAGUUCAGCCAUUGGAGCCAAGCACUGAUGUAGCGGCUGUGGAAGCCGUUGAGACACAGAGGAUCAGGUGCAGACCAUGCAAAUGUAUGGAUGGCUAUGUAAGAAACGCUAACGAUGUAUGUGUUCGAAGUGAGCCCAUAUCCCCAGUAUGUGGAAAAUUCGAAGAGCCAAACAUUUGCAUUGCCAUAUUUCCAAGCACUUGUCCGCGGUGUCGAUGUAUCAAGAACUAUGUGAGAAACAGCAAAGGCGAAUGUGUCCCAAGUCCUAAAUGUGGGCAAAAUGAAACCUACGUCCCAUGUAUAGUCCCAUGUCCAUCAAACUAUUGUCCAAGGGAUGACAGACUUAUCUUAGUACAAUGCUUAGUACCUUCCCCUUGUCCUGGCGGUUGCGCUUGUAAGACCAACUAUACACGCAUUAGCUAUGAAGAUCCAAGAUGCAUCUUAGCCUCAGACUGUCCCCCUAUCAAAUGCACAGAAGAAAACACAGAAUAUAAUUCAUGCCCCUCAGCGUGCUUUUCCGAAGGCUGCGGUUCUUUGCAAUUGGAGCCCGAAAUUUGCAACACACUAGUUCCGAACGUGUGCCGACCGCGAUGCGUGUGUCAAAGAGACUACCGCAGAGAUAGUUCUGGAAAGUGCAUACGUAAAGAAGAAUGCCCACCUCAAUGUGGCAUAAACGAAGAACCAAAUAAUUAUUGUGCUCCAAUAUUUUACCCACAACCAAUUGAAGGACAAACUGGUGUUAUUGACCAAGCAGCUGUAAUAUCUGUUGAGACCGAAAGGAUUAGAUGCCAGCCAUGCAUAUGUAUUAAAGGUUAUAUAAGAGACAUUAACGGUGUAUGUGUUCCAAAAACUGUAUGUGGGGAAAAUGAGGUAUCAACAGAUUGUAAGCAAGAAUGUCCUCCCCAAAGCUGCAGUUGGGACAGCACCCGGAUGGAUUGCAGACCCGUAGAGUGCAAGCCUGGAUGCAAUUGUAUUGAAGGUUACUUGAGAGAUGUUAAUGGAAAGUGUAUACCCUGGGAAAAGUGCCCAGAAUGCAAUGGCGAUCCAAAUGCAGUUUACUCGCAAUGUCCUAAUCAAUGCAUAUCAAGCUGCAAGCAACCGAAUGCCAUCUGCUCUCAAGAAUGUGGUGAACCCUUUGGUUGUAAAUGCAGAUUGGGAUAUAUUCAGUCUGAUGAGGGAAGAUGUAUUUUACCAGCCGAAUGUCCAGGUGGCAAUCCCUGCGGGCGCAACGAAACCUACGCCGCGUGUCUUAUCGGAUGCCCAACAAACAAUUGCCCGAGGGAUGACAGUCUUGCCAUUCCACAGUGCUUACCACAAUUCCCUUGUCCUGGUGGCUGCGCUUGUCAGAGCAAUUAUAGACGCAUUAGCUCUGAAGAUAGAAGAUGCAUCUUAGCCUCAGAUUGUCCCCCUAUCAAAUGCACAGAAGAAAACACAGAAUAUAAUUCAUGUCCCUCAGCGUGCUUUUCCGAAGCCUGCGGUUCUUUGCAAUUAGAGCCCAAAAUUUGCAACACACUAGUUCCGAACGUGUGCCGACCGCGAUGCGUGUGUCAAAGAGACUACCGCAGAGAUAGUUCUGGAAAGUGCAUACGUAAAGAAAAAUGCCCACUUCAAUGUGGUGAAAACGAAGAACCGACGAAUUGUGGUGACAUCUUUCUACAGGCUACCACGGACGUCGUCAGUGAAAAUAGAAUCAGAUGCAUCCCAGGGUGCAAAUGUAUCGCCGGAUACGAAAGAGACAGCAGCGGUGCAUGUGUUCAAAGUGAAUACAAAAGAGACAGUAGAUGUGUUCAAACUACAGUCGAAUGCACGGGGGCAAACGAAUAUAUGAAUCCGUGUCCUUCAGCAUGCUUUGGUGACGCCUGCGGUGAACUGGACGAGGAGACAGCCGCGUGUAACACACUUGUUGAACACGUAUGCCGUGCGCGCUGCAUGUGCAUAAAAGGCUUCCAAAGAGAUAGAUCUGGCAAAUGCAUACCUAAAGCAGAAUGCCCUGUUACAUCUUAAUCAAGAGAUGUCAUGAAGUGAUGAAGAAUCGCAGUGUUUGGAUCUUAAAAAUACCAUUAGGUUUAUCUAUACUAAUAUUAUAAAUGCGAAAGUGUGUUUGUUUGUUUGGUUGUCCUCACUUCACGUCCUAACUAAGCAACCAAUCGACUUGAUUUUUGGCAUAGAGGUAGUUGAAAGGACGGAAUUUU